AUGGGGCGGCUAGUGCUCUCGGUCCGACCCGAGUCGAUACGACAGGUGCACUGCGGCAAGGUUCAUAAACCUCACGGUGUGCCUUCGGCCCCCGUAUCCUUACCUAGUACCCCAUCUAAUCCUGAUCCCACCCCCAUUUGGCAACAGCUAUGUAAAUUGAAAAAUUCCAUACCCGUUUUAAAAAGAGUUCCUCGAGGCGCGAGACCAUCCGUGGCAGCGUGUUUGGCACGAUGCGUCUCUCUCGUCGACCGAGAGAACUCUGAACGUGCUUGGGAGCGGCUACUUACCUUUCCCUAUAAGAUACUACAUGUCCAAAAAAAUUUGGCCUCCAAAAAAACCCUAACAGCCCAAGUUAAAGAGAACUGUAAUAGUCCUUCUACUUCGUUUGACCCAAAAUUUACAGCACAGUUUUCCCACAAAGGACUCUUGCAUCAUGUAGAGUCAAAAUUAGGGGAAGGUGACAUAAGGGGUGCCGCUAGAAUUCUUUUCAGUAGUGAUGUGGUUGCGCCGUGCUCCCCAGAGACUGUUGCAGCUCUGGAGAGUAAACACCCGGCAGCAUCGGAUGACCUCUCCUUCCCCGACCCUCCUGCCCCAGAAUCAGAUAAUCUAUCAAUUACAGCCAACCAAUUGUGCGCUGCUGUCGGCUCCUUCCGGAGCGGCUCUGCCGGUGGCCUCGACGGCUUGACGCCGCAGCACCAUAAGGAUCUGACGUGCUCAAGCGCCGGGGAAGCAGGUGAGUCGCUUUUGAAGGAGCUGACAGCCCUUAUUAACCUAAUGCUCUCCGGCAAUGUGAACGGAGCCGUCAUCGACGUUUUGUAUGGUGCCAAUUUAUGUGCCCUGCGUAAAAAAGAUGGCGGCAUCCGUCCCAUUGCCGUGGGAUGCACAUAUCGCCGUAUCGCAGCCAAGUUUGGCUGUGCCUACUACAAAGAAACCCUGGCCGCCAAAUUUCAGCCCUUACAACUAGGUUUUGGCUCGAAAGGGGGUUGUGAGGCUGCGGUACACGCCCUUUCCACGUACGUAAAUAGCGGGAAAGGCGAGGUCAUCCUUAAGGUUGACAUUAGGAACGCCUUUAACUCCGUAAAUAGAGAUACCUUGUUGACGGAAGUUAAAAAUGAAAUUCCAAAAUUAUAUAAAUUUCUUUGGCAGUGUUAUAGACAUUCAACUAAAUUACUCUAUAAAGACCAAGUUCUAGAUUCGGCCGUCGGAUGUCAACAAGGUGAUCCUCUGGGGCCUGCCAUUUUCAGCUUGGCUAUUAACCCUAUCAUUCGACAGCUAAAUUCUAAAUUUAAUGUGUGGUACCUCGAUGAUGGGAUCCUAGGAGGCGACGCAGAUACUGUAGCUGACGACUUUAGAUUAUUAAUACAAAAAUUCGACUCGAUUGGCUUACAACUAAAUUUAUCAAAAUGUGAAAUCUUCAUCCCUGAUAACAACCAACAAGUCUUUUCGAAAUUCCAAUCCAUAGCUCCAAAUUUGACAGUACUAGAAAAAAGUUCCCUUCGCCUCCUGGGAUCACCUAUUCUCGAUGAGUCCUUCACCAGUUAUAUUAACGAGAAAAUUCAAAAUUUUAAUGAUGUUUCAGAGAGAUUAUACAAAAUCAGUAUACAUUCGGCCUUCACUUUGAUUCGUACCGUGUUUGACCGACGCGCUGGAUGCCUGGAAAAUGGCUACUCCCAAUACGGAUUUGCCCGGCAACCGCUGCUCUCAGAGACAAUGGGACGGGCCGCUCUGUAG